AUGGCCAGUCAUGAGGCCCACGAUCCCGAAAAGGGCAUUGAGCCUGUCGGCCACGAGACCGGCGAGGAACCUCGCAAGCACUCUUUCAUCGUAGGGCGCAAGUCGUCGAUUGCCGAGUCUGUCAUCGCCGCAGAGCUGCUCGACGAGCGAUAUAGAACCACCCAGCGUGGUCUGUCCAGCAGACAUGCUCAAAUGAUUGCCCUCGGUGGAACAAUUGGUACUGGUCUUUUCGUCGGAUCCGGUCAGACUCUCUCAGUGGGAGGCCCCGCGUUCAUCCUGGUGUCCUACCUCCUCAUGACCUUCCUCGUCUACUGCGUGGUGACGGCCAUGACAGAAGUGGCCACAUACAUGCCGGUGCACGGCGGCACCAUGUCUUACUACGGCUACCGUUACGUCUCUCGCUCGAUGGGGUUCGCUCUCGGUUAUCUGUACUGGUACGCCCUGGGGAUUCUGGUGCCCUACGAAAUCACCGCGGCCGGCCUGGUCAUCAACUAUUGGCCCAACGACAUCAACAUUGCGGUGUGGAUCACCAUCAUGCUGGUCGUUAUUAUCGCCCUCAACUUCUUACCCGUCAGGUUCUACGGCGAGACCGAGUUCUGGUUCGCCGGGACCAAGGUCAUUAUGAUGAUCGGUCUGCUGAUCCUGUCCUUCAUUCUUUUCUGGGGAGGCGGUCCCAGCCAUGACCGACUCGGCUUCAGAUAUUGGAAUCAUCCAGGCGCCGCCAACACGUACAUGGUGGGCGGCGACACCGGCCGUUUCGUGGCCUUUUGGGAAACCUUCGUCCUGUCCGUCUUCCCCUUUACCUUCGCACCGGAGCUUCUGGUCGUGACGGGAGGCGAGAUGCAAUCGCCCCGACGCAAUCUGCCCAUCGCGGCCAAGCGCUACUUCUACCGUCUGGUCAUCUUCUACUGCCUCAGCGUGCUGGCCAUUGGCGUCAUCUGCCCAAGCAACGAUCCGCGCCUGACCGACGGCGGUGCCGGGGCGGGAUCGUCGCCCUUCGUCGUGGCCAUCGCCAACGCCGGCAUCCCUGCCCUGCCGUCCAUCAUCAACGCCGUCAUCAUCAUCUCCGCGUGGUCGUCGGGCAACUCCUUCCUCUACAUCUCCUCGCGCGCCCUGUACAGCUUGGCCGUGCAAGGGUCCGCCCCACGCAUUUUCAAACGCUGCAACAAAUGGGGCGUGCCCUACAUGGCUGUCGCCGUCUCUUCGCUGUUUUCCGCCCUGGCGUACCUGAACGUUGCGUCUAGCGGGUCCGUCGUCUUCAACUGGUUUGUCAGCCUUACGAACACGUGGGGGAUGACGUCAUGGGUAUGUUGUAUGAUCAUCUUUUUGCGUUUCAGGAAGGCUUGCGAGGCACAGGACAUCCAGUCGCCUUAUCGCAACUGGAUCCAACCCUACGGCGCCUGGAUCGCAAUGGCCAUGUUCAGCCUGUUGCUGCUGAUCAACGGGUUCACCGUCUUCUGGCCGUCGGAGUGGUCCGCGUCCGGCUUUUUGACCGCCUACAUCGGUAUCCCCAUCUUCCUGGUCAUGUACUUUGGCCACCGAAUUGUUUUCUGGCGCGACAAAUGGGCCUGGGACCCGAGCGAGAUCGACAUGCACACCGGCAUGCAGGAGGUCAUGGACGCCGAACAGCCCAUCAAGAUCCGGAAGGGGAUCCUCGGCAAAAUCCUGAUGGUGUUUGAAUAG